AUGGCCCCCCCUACAUUUAUGACUCAAAGAAAAUACAUACAGUUGAUCAGCCUGGCAAAAAAAUUGGAUGCCUGCAAAAAUGAGUUACUGCGUUACCGGAGGGGAGAGAACAGUGCUCCUGCCGCGACCGUUCCUUCUACUCCUAUAGCUGCCGGGGGAGUGGACCACAUUGGUCUGUUAAUCGCCGGACAAAACAACCCUACCAACAUGGAGACACGCCUUCCGAAGAGACAACGCAACAUGAGGGGGGGCAAACGGAACAGCCUCAAAUCUGUAGCAAGUGAACCCACACUCCGCACCAGCAGAAGUAUUGUAACACCUCAAAUGGGUAGAAAAAAAAGGCACAGUGAUCCAACCCCACUUACGAAAGCCUUCCCCAGGGAGAAAACACAAAAUCAACAGAAAAUAAGAAACAAGGGGGAGCUACCCAGGGGAAAGCUAGCCAAAGGAAAAGCCCUUGGUCAAUACAAACCGAAGAAGAAGAAAAAGAAGAAACUACAAAACACGACACAGAUUUUUCCCCACCCCAAGGGGACACAGAAGAGUAGAAAAAAAAAAAAAACUUUUUGCACACUCCCCAAAAUUGAAGACAGCAGAAGGAUCACCAGUGUAGCUAGAUGCAGCAAAAAGUGCGUUCUACACAAGCAAGAGGAAGAGACCGAGUACACAUUUCGGAGCCCCCACAGUGGAGAUGACCAAAUGGUUCCCGUCCAGGUACAAGCGAAACUGGACGUCAUGCCGCUUGUGCACACAAGUCAGAUGAUGGAACGCCACUCAGUGAUUGCGUCCAUAUUAAGCAACUCGCCAGGAAAGAAGUCAAUUCCUUUAUCCAAACAGCGAAGAAAGCAACAACUUACCAAACCUAGUAAAAGUGCAGAGACAGCCGGUGAAGAAGCCCACCACGGCAAUACCACUAACAAACGACAGGAUGAAUCUGCCCCGCGGAAAGGGGCCCCACUCUCCAAAGGGGCAGAUAUUUCCAGGAGGAAGUUAACAAGCCUUUCUAGAUGUACACCCCAAUCUGCUAAGCAUACCCGUCCACAAUUGGGUCCCUCCAGGGGAUCAUUACAAAGAGGGAUUUCUCCGAAGCGUCCACGCAGCACCGUUGGCAAGACUGUUACCGGCACACAGAGCACAACUAAAAGGGCUCUUCCAUCUCGUCCUUCUCUGCGAGCUUCCCCCCUGCGGAGUGUCAGACGGAAGAGACAAAACAUAACGAGGAACACGGCUCCCAAGCGGAGGCUCCUCUGCGCUCCCGCCACUCAGCAUCCCUGUCACGACCAUCAAGACGGAGAGAAGCAAAGGGCCAACCGGAAAACCGUAAAGGAAUUCAUAAGGGCUUUAAACAGAUCCAGUGUUAUCAUCUGCACUGAGGGGCACAGGACGAGACCGAAGCGGGGAAGGCGAAGAUGCUUUCCCACUGGGGUUUGA